AUGUUGGCAGCAGUGUUUCUCUCCGUAAUUCUUCUCAAAUGUCAGCUCCCAUCCAACAAUGCCUUGCCACCUAGCAAUGUUGGCCCCGUUGGUCCUGUGGACCCUGUGGAUCCACCCGCCACCAGGAUGCCACCGGUUACGAUAGGACCACCGGCCACUGUGGGACCAGUCACACUUCAGCCUCCAUGUUUUUGCCCAGUAUGUCCGCGAUGGCCACCCUAUCCAUGGGACUAUCCAUAUCCAUGGCCUUAUCCGUGGUGCCCAUGGCCGUGUCGGCGCUAUUACGUCUACGAUGUGUCUGAACUGCUUGACGCCGCCGUCUAUCGCCUCGAUGCCCUCUCCAAACUUCCGCAGUACCGAAAUCUCGUACCGAUAUUUAAGGCCUUAAUCGAUAUGGCAAGUGAUCCAUCCUUACUUCAAGAAGACGGCGACUAUUCUGAGGUGGACGAGAUUCCGGAUGCGAGGAAACAAUUGUACGCUGCGAAAAAGAUCGGAAGUUCUCGAAAAGCACCACUACCACCCGAUGCUUUGAAACAAGCAAUGCAAGAGGAUAGCUCUUCCACCGGUUCACCGGGUCCUGUUGCUGCACCUCCAAAAUGGGAUAAGAUAAAGAAGUUCCUCAAGAUUCUUAUAAAAAUAAUCGAGGUUCUAUUGGAAUUGUAA